GGUUCGCCGCAUCAGACUUCCCUCGGGAAGCAGGUUCCUGGGACUUAGAGCUUGGGGAGCCAGAGCCGCUUUCCAGAAAGUGGAGGGGCCAAAAAUGCUUCCAGUGAUCCAUGAGAACGCGCAGAUUUUCGAGGCUUUGGGGGGCACUAACAGAAGUGCUUUUCCUUAGCGAAUUUUUUUAAAUCUUGGAAGUCCGAGCGGGCAAUUAAAAACGCAUGCAGGCCAAUUUCCGGAGGACUGAGAUUGCGACGAACAACCAGGAAGCGGCCCGGCUGGGAGCUGUCCCCGGUUCUCCGCUCUGCGGUCGAGGCCGCCUCCGGGGUCCUUACACCGUGUUCCUCUGUCCCGCGUGGCCUCUGCCACGACCUGGGCCUCGGCCCGGGCCGAUCACUCCGGAGCCGCCAUGUCAUCCGAUUUCGAAGGCUACGAGCAGGACUUCGCGGUGCUCACGGCAGAGAUCACCAGCAAGAUUGCGAGGGUCCCUCGACUCCCUCCUGAUGAGAAGAAGCAGAUGGUUGGCCACGUGGAGAAACAGCUCGAAGAAGCGAAAGAAUUGCUUGAACAGAUGGAUCUGGAAGUCCGAGAGAUCCCACCCCAAAGUCGAGGAAUGUACAGCAACAGGAUGCGAAGCUACAAGCAAGAAAUGGGCAAGCUUGAAACAGAUUUUAAAAGGUCACGGAUCGCCUACAGUGACGAAGUACGGAAUGAGCUCCUAGGGGAUGAUGGGAAUUCCUCAGAGAACCAGUUGAUAAAAUUACGUGAAGAGAGGGCACAUCUGCUCGAUAACACAGAGAGGCUGGAAAGGUCAUCUCGGAGACUAGAGGCUGGAUACCAAAUAGCAGUGGAAACCGAGCAAAUUGGCCAGGAGAUGUUGGAAAACCUCAGUCACGACAGAGAAAAGAUACAGCGAGCACGUGAACGACUUCGAGAAACAGAUGCUAACUUGGGGAAAAGCUCCAGGGUCCUGACGGGGAUGUUGCGAAGAAUCAUCCAGAACCGCAUCCUGGUCGUCAUCUUGGCCAUCAUCCUCGUUGUCACCAUCCUGAUGGCGAUCACUUUUUCUGUCAGAAGACGCUGAUGGAUCUGCUCUUCCCUGAUAAACAGCAACAACGGCUUGUUCUGAGUAAUUAAGACAAAAUGGUCACAUGAAUCAUUCUUUUGCGCCGACAGGCCCUGAACGACCCUCCCUCUUUUCACCACUGUUCGGCUGAAGCACAGAGUGUAAAAAUAUUUUCUAUUCCUGCUUGCGUGUGGGUCGGUUUCCUUUUCUAGGUUUGUCUUCACCCAGAUUUGUUUUUUGUAGGAGAAGGUGAAUGUUUAUUUGCCUUUCGGUAAUUUCAUCUACUAACCAAAAUAGCUUUGGUGACUUUCUUCCUUGCCCCGUGGACGUGUCAGGGGUCAUGGUUUGGGAUAGGGCACGAUGAGUCAGUCGUGGGGCAUCUGAUGGGCUGUGCUGUUUGCCACACAUCUCUUGUCUCCAAAUUGCCCUUCUGUGAUGUCCAAGGAUAAAAAUGCAGAGAAAAACAGAGGCUACAGCCAGUGACCCACUCCAGCAAACAAGCCCUGUUCCUACCCAGGCAUAAUGAAUAUAGUCUACCUGCCUGAGUGCUUUCAUUGUAAAGGUGGAUAUUUAAUGUCACUUGUGCAGGAAAUUGACUUAGCACUUUCUCUGUUUUUCUAUGCAUGUAUGUAUAUAUAUAUAUAUAUAUAUAUAUAUAUAUAUAUAUAUAUACUUUUUUUUUUUUUUACAGCCAAGAAUAUUUUUGCUGAGUCUGCCCAAGAUCCACUUUUCAUAACUUUGCUUACUGGCUACAUGAAAUAUUUCCUUACCUCCCCCAAAUCCCACAGUCCCUAGAAUUUGCUGGCAAAGUAAGCCUUGGCACGAUAUUUAAUUGUGACCCCCUCUCCCCUGACCUGUGUAAGCAUCUCUGUAUCCUUUCGGUUUUAAUAUCUGCACCGCCAAAAGCAGCCCUCAUACAUGCAAAAGGUCUGACAAGGUUCCCUCCACAUCCAUUCCAGUAUGUAAAGAGAACAUGAAUAUUUCAGGAAGAGCAAGAACAUGAGUCCGUCAGUGUGAAAUUUCAAAUGUGAUUAUAAAUAUGGCAUAGAGUCCUAUAGGAUGAUUCACUAGAAAUAAACUUUAUGGAACAUGUUCACUAACCUCCUUCAAAAGAAUAGGGGGGUUGCAGCGUGUUACAAAGGACGGCUUGGAUUUUCUACAAAAAAACGUUAGCACAGCCUUCCUGACUUCACUGUGUAUUCAAACCUCUGACAUGCUUUGUGAUUGCUUUUGGUUUCUUUCUGUCCGAGGUAACCGGGAAUUGCGUUCAAAAUGAGUUCAUUUAUGAUCAGGCUUCAAGUUGCCCAAGCUGAGGUCAUUUCCCCCCUAGUCAUAAAGCAAAAUGUGUUUUCCUUAAGACUUCAUUGGCAUUUACAAGGUCCGUACUAUCUUUUUGAAUGUAAUUGGAAGCUUUGAAUCCUUGAAAAAUCAGACCUGUUCUCUUCAUAAAAAAUACUAACCACCUGUGCCCAGAGAUUGAGAUCACCUGGAUGGGGCACUUUAUUUUAUAUUUUGCCCCAACUCCGAGAAGAACCUUUAUGGUUUAGAGAGGAAAUGCAGAAUGGCAAAAUCCACCGGAGAGAUCGUACUUAGCAAAACAGGCCAGGGCCUGCGUGUGUCCAGAUAAAUCAUUUAGUAUUGUGUAAAUAAAGCUGCAGCCUUUACUUUGCAGGGAUCGUAUGGGAUUUUGGCAGGGGGAAGUAGGACGGUGAAGGAGUGGGAAGGCAGUGCUAAUUUUCCUAUCAGCUUAAGGGAUCCAUCUCAGCAAGGUUCUUUUAUUCCGAUAAUGGAUUUUGUACAUGCUGAACACAUUGAAGAAACCAUUAAAAAGCAGGGGAACAAACAAACAACCUCCUUCCCAUUCCAAAACACUAAUGGUGGGGAAGUAUUACACCGACCUCUCCGGUGGCUUCUUUGGAAACUGUUGAUCUCAGCUAAAGCGGGUAACCAGUUAUCCAGCUAUAUACGCCUCAUGCCUCUUCCCAAGGCCACCCAGCAAGCCAGGUUGGUCUGAUCAUCUAAACCCGCUGGCUCCUCAAUAUUUCACUAACGCCUUGCGUUCAUGUUGAAGUAGAUGAAGUGGAGGGCGGGGGCCAGGGGCACUGCUUGCCUCUCAAUGGCUUUUCCUUUCCAGUUCUACCUCUUUAUCAGCUCUUGCCUGAGAUUUUGCCCCGGUUCAACCUUGAGAGUGAGAGAAUCUGACCAGAUGACCCUUGGCCUACCAGCCCCAUCAAACCCACCUUGAGAGCGGCCCCCAAGACCCGGGUAGUGAGCGCUCUGUGGGAGGCUGGUCUGAAGUCCCGACAAUUCCCGCCUGGCCCUCCGGCUGCUGCAGGAGAAAUUCGAGACCGGAGACACGGUUUUCUCCCCACUCCCCUGCUCCACUGGGGAAGGGAGAAAGCCCACAAAUUCGAAGCAGGUCCUAGAUCUGUGAAAGGCUCUGGGAACUUCCUAUGUCGAUUUUGCGGACCAGUUCUCCAGUUGAGAGCCUGUGCUGAAAAAAUGAGGUUCAGUGGGAAGGUGGGGUGGGGGGUGAAGACGAAGAAACACCGAGGAGGAAGAGGAGAAGGAGGCCCUGGCCAUAUAAAAUUCAUGCAGACUAAACAGUUUCCCUGACCGAAUAAAGUAAAGCGGAUGCUACCCUGCUCCGGAAUCAAAAGCAAUUUAAUUAAAGUCUCUUAAGUUGUAAAGAGUUUUAAAUGUUCCGUGUUGAAGGCGAAUGCCUGCAUAUGCGAUGGGCCUGACGUCAGCCGCCAGGCCUGGGCUGGGAGGCCAUUUGCUAUUCUGUUUAAGGCAGGCUGGAUUGUCUUAUUUUGGAACCAGCUUGGUGGGGGGUUUGCUUUGCUACUGCUUCUGAGCCCUGAGCUUCAAAGGCUGAAAUUAAUGGUGAACAAAAUUGUGCAGCUCUGACCGUCCCAUGCGGGGCAAGCCCAUUGAGGGUUAUCAUUAAGUAAAGAAAUAAAGAGGGGGAAAAAAGCCUGCCUGUUCCAAAAACCUCAUCAGAUAAUGACCUCAGUGAUUGGAUUUUCAUUACCAAACAGCAUCCAGAGAUUAUCUACCCCAUAGAAGAAGGGGGGGGGGGGUUGGAAAGAAAGAAAGCAACUGUCUUUCUCUCCUUCUCUUUCUCCUUUUUUUUGCACAUCUUUUCUUUAAAACUGUCAGAUCAUUUCAGUAUUUCAAAUCCGAGGAAAACAGCCUGCCUGCUGCUGUAUUUGAAGUUCUAAUGGUGUCAAAAAGUCACGACUGACUGACAGCCGUCAGUCCCAGAGGGGCUCAUUAAAUCAUAAAAACUUGACAAGGAAAUAAUUGCGCAUCGCCAGCAACUUGGCGCCUGUUUAGACGUUUUUAUUUUCUUUCAUUAUUAGUCCCCACCAUUACGUUCAUUAACAAAUUGCAUUAAACAACUGUUAAGGGCUAA